CCAUAAUACAACAAUUGGUAGGUAACUUCCCACAGACGCUCGUUCGUUGCCUUGGCGUUUCCAGCCAUAUUCCACAAAGCGGGCUGUAAAAAAAACGCACUUCUCGGAUAAUCCUCUUCCUUGAAGCCAUUUAAUUUUAUUUCCUUUCAGCAGCUUAUCUUGAAACUUGCGCUUGUUUUUUUUGUAAUUAAACCCUAUUUUAUGGAAUCCACGUAUAAAGAAAGAUUGCGCUAUUUCGAGCUUACUUUGAGUGACCAGAGCGAGGCAGAACAUCAUGGUCAUUGGACUCCCAUCAUAGACACAAAAUCAUUCCGAGAAGCUUGCUUUUAUGGUAUUCCUGAUGAACUGGGCCUUCGUGCGACAGCUUGGAAAGUGCUCUUGGGUUAUUUACCACCUGACAAACGCAUGUGGCAUACCAUUCUUUUGAAACAGAGAUUAAAUUAUUAUAAUUGGGUCAAAGAUCUAUUAGAAGAACCAGGAGAUGAGUUACCGACGAGCGAUCACCCGUUGAAUGCCGAACCGGGGUCGAAAUGGGCCACUUACUUCCAGGAUAACACGAUACUAGAACAGAUAGACAAAGAUGUGCGACGCACUCUUCCGGACAUUGCAUUUUUCCAACUACAUGUUCCCAACAAUCCUCUUAAUCCUCUGUCGCCACCGCCUUGGGCAGAGACGGAAGAGACCACAGUUGAAGUUGAAGCGAUACCCGAGUCGCCGUUGGAAAAACCGCAGAAUCCUCGUAGGUUUUCAUUUGGUCGAAUGACCCGUCCACGUUCAUCUUCCAGUGCAUCUCGAAAAUCAAACAAAGCAGCCACUACUACCUCCACCAACAACAAUACCCGAUCACGAUCCAAUUCCAAAAGUUCGGUGCGAUCCUUUUCAUCUGGUGUGCUGGAAACCGAUCGAAUAUCAUCCCCUCGCAAUAUCGUGCGUAAACUUUCAUCGGCUUUCAUCAAAUCAUCUCCCAAUCCUACGAAAAAGCGAUUACUGGAUACAUAUGAACACGAUUCGCCCAUUUGUCCCUAUAUAUUUAGUCGACGUUCCUUGUUUCGUCGCAUCGCCCACUUGAAUCAUGAAUCUAAUCGACAGUCAGCCGUCGACGAACGAACCGUCACCCCUGGUUCCGCCAUGUAUGUGCAAGAUUAUCACUGGGAAGCCAUUGAACGCAUUCUUUUCAUCUAUGCCAAGUUGAAUCCUGGUGUGGGUUAUGUGCAAGGAAUGAAUGAACUGUUGGCUCCCAUAUAUUACGUUUUUGCCAAAGAUCCUCACAUGGAAACGCAAGCUCACGCUGAAGCCGAUGCUUUUUUUGUUUUUACAACACUCAUGUCGGAUGUGCGUGACCAUUUCGUUCGGUCCCUGGAUCAUGAUGCAAGUACCGGUAUCAAUGCUUCCAUGCUCCGUAUGAGUCAGCGACUAGCAUGGUACGAUCGAUCGUUGUGGCGCGAGUUGCAACGAAAAGACAUCAAAGAACAGUUCUAUGCCUUUCGGUGGAUCACCGUUCUCUGUUCGCAAGAGUGGGAUUUGCCAGAUGUGAUUCGCUUGUGGGACUCGCUGUUGGCGGACCGAGGUAUGCAAGAGAACUCGGAAGACAUGCGUUUUGAAUUUCUCUUGGAUUUCUCCGUGGCCAUGGUUACUUGCGUUCGACAAGCGCUUUUGAAUGGCGAUUUUGCGGAAAAUGUGCGAUUGUUGCAGAAUUAUCCCAUUGAUGACAUCCAAGUAGUGCUGAACACCGCGUAUGCGAUCCGCGAUAUGCGCUUAAAGACGAUUGCUUCCGGACAAAUUGUUCCGGGUGUGAAUGAUCAACGAUGCAGUGGUGUCUUCAACAGUGACUGGAGCGAUACUUCGUCCAUGUCUUCCGUUGGUUCCAACAAUCGCCUGCAGCGUUUGCGCGAUUCUACCGAACAUGCUCGCGCCAGUUUUGACUCUUUCCGACGCGAAUCCAAAGAAUCGAUGGAUGAACUAUUCAAGAAAGGGUUAGCCAUUGCACGUCAUCCUGAUCGGACCGAUGCCUUGAAGCGCGCUAGCAUGGGUGACAUCCCCAAAGGGUUUUCGCAGAGGCUGGGAUUCCUGACGACUAAAAUGAGACGAUCCGGAUCCUAUAAUGGGGCUUCCACCCAUCAACGGCAAAACAGUCAAAAUAGCCAAUCAUCUCAAUCACAGGAAACCAAAAGUUGGCUGCUGGCCAGUCAACCGAAUAACGCCCAAGGCUGGACCCCGGCUAUUCACCGCAACAUGUCCAUUUCGUCAAAACACUCUCAAGAUUCGACUUCUACUUCCCGAUCCAGUUUACUAGGCCGUUUUUCCAACAUGAUGAUUUCCAAUACCGCUGUCUCACCUUUCCAACGGCAUCAGGAUACCCCGGCGGAACCCCCGCUUCGAGAAGAAGACGAUGAAAAACGAAUCUUUGCCAAAGCACAAUCUGCACAUGAUGAAGCUCUGAAUCGGAACUCGCAGACCUAUCGGGGCUAUGUUUGAGAUGAUCUCCUUUUGCAGAUGAAUACAAGGUGAAGGGUCGUUACCACGGGCCUAUGAAAUGCUUGAAGCAUGAGUCUUGUGACAGGAUCUUUGGCCUUGGCUUCCCAAGAGAUGCGGUGCCCUUUGAUCAACCCAUGUUCAUGUCUAUUCCAUCUUUGUUCAUCUUAUAAAUAGUGCCUUUUUUGUUCAAAUACUCUCUUUUUUUUUGUUUAUUAGUUUUUUAAAAUAAUUAUAGUAAUAAUCUAUAAAAAUGGAAGAACGUUUAUACCAUGGUCAACUA